UCUCAGUUUCAGUUUCACUCACAAACCGCAGCUGCUUUCCCUCCAUCUACCGCCUUCGCCGUGCUCCGGUCGCCGCCGCCGUUGGUAGCCUCUAGCGUCUCGCUUGUGACCCUCACCUUUCUUUCAUUGCUUCCUCAAACUACACACUUUCACUUGUUUGAUAUCCUAUAGCAUUGGAUGCUUGCAUAACUAUACAACCACAGGACUUCAUCUACUUCUCCAGCAAGAUUGCAGAAGCAUUGAAGAACCUGUUCUCUCAAAAUAUUGUCUGAUGUGGGUUCUUCAGAGUUCCCAAAUUGGUAGGCAAACUACAUUUCAAAGUCACCUCUGCUACCCUGCCCUUGCCUCUUCAAGGCUGCCAGUGUCUUUUGUUGCACUGAACCAUUCGGCCAACCCUGAAAAAGACAUCAAGAGCAGCAACAACCAGUUGAUACAAUCUUUAUGCAGAGGGGGAAACCUUAAGCAAGCUAUUCAGGUACUGUCUAGUGAGCUCAAUCCAACUCAGCAGACAUAUGAGCUCUUAAUCUAUUCUUGUGCACAGCAGAGCUCACUCUCCAAUGGUCUUGAGGUUCAUCGCCAUCUUGCUAAUAGUGUUUUCAGCCAAGACCCAUUUUUAGCCACUAAACUUAUCAAUAUGUACAAUGAGUUAGGGUAUGUUGAUCAUGCUCGCAAGGUAUUCAAUGAAACCCAGGAAAAAACCAUAUAUGUCUGGAAUGCACUCUUCCGGGCACUUGCAAUGGUGGGUUGUGGCGAGGAGCUGUUAGAUUUAUAUGGUCAAAUGAACUGGAUGGGGAUGGCCUCAGAUAGGUUCACAUAUACGUAUGUCCUUAAGGCUUGUGUUGUUUCGGAUUUGACAAUAUGUCCUCUCCAAAAGGGUAAAGAGAUUCAUGCUCAUAUCCUGCGACAUGGUUUUGACACAAAUAUUCAUGUUAUGACAACACUGUUGGAUGUAUAUGCUAAAUUUGGCUGUGUAUCAUAUGCGAGUUUUGUGUUCGGUGCAAUGCCUGUUAAGAACUUCGUCUCGUGGAGUGCAAUGAUUGCAUGUUAUGCGAAGAAUGAAAUGCCCAUGAAAGCGUUGGAGCUGUUUCAGCAAAUGAUGCUUGAGGCAAGCGAUUCAGUUCCCAAUUCAGUUACAAUGGUUAGUGUGCUUCAAGCAUGUUCAGGUGUUUCUGCAUUGCAAUUAGGAAAGUUGAUUCAUGCAUAUAUACUUAGAAGAGGUCUUGAUUCUAUACUCCCAGUUCUUAGUGCCCUUAUAACAAUGUAUGGAAGAUGUGGUGAGAUUGCAUUGGGACAACGAGUGUUUGAUAAUAUGAAGAAGCGUGAUGUUGUUUCGUGGAACUCUUUGAUUUCUAUUUAUGGUAUUCAUGGUUUUGGAAAGAAAGCAAUCCAAAUUUUUGAAAAUAUGAUCCACCAAGGAGUUACACCAAGUUACAUAUCGUUUAUUACUGUUUUGGGUGCUUGCAGUCAUGCUGGCCUUGUUGAGGAAGGAAAGAUGUUGUUUGAAUCUAUGCAUAGAAAGUACAGGAUACAUCCAGGCAUGGAGCAUUAUGCUUGUAUGGUGGAUCUUCUUGGUCGAGCUAACAGGUUAGAUGAAGCCAUUAAAGUAAUAGAAGAUAUGCGAUUAGAGCCUGGACCCACGGUCUGGGGGUCGCUUCUUGGAGCUUGUAGGAUUCAUUGUAAUGUCGAACUUGCAGAGAGAGCAAGCUCUAAGCUUUUUGAGUUGGAGCCUACUAACGCUGGCAAUUAUGUGCUUUUAGCAGACGUCUAUGCAGGAGCUCAGAUGUGGAAUGAAGUAAAGAAUGUGAGGAAGCUAUUGGAAACUCGCAGCCUGCAAAAGAUUCCUGGUUGCAGUUGGACUGAAGUCAAAAGAAAAAUAUAUUCAUUUAACUCUGUUGACGAGUGUAAUCCGCAAAUAGAAGAGCUCCGAGCUUUUCUAAUUAAGUUGUCAACCGAGAUGAAGGAGAGGGGUUAUGUCCCACAAACAGAUGUAGUUCUUUAUGACCUUGAUGAAGAAGAGAAGGAAAGAAUUCUAUUGGGACACAGUGAAAAGCUUGCUGUGGCUUUUGGGCUCAUUAACACUGCAAAAGGCGAAACCAUAAGGAUCACAAAAAACCUGAGAUUAUGUGAAGACUGUCAUGCUGUUACAAAGUUCAUUUCCAAGUUUGCUAAUAGAGAGAUUCUUGUUAGAGAUGUGAACCGCUUCCACCAUUUUAGAGAUGGAGUUUGUUCCUGUGCUGACUAUUGGUAGUAGUUCAUUUGAGGAACACUGAUGUUAAAAUUGCUCAAGUUAACUAUAGCAAGAGAGGUUAAAAUGAUGCUAUGGUUUCAAACACAGUAAAUGACUCUUCUGUUUGUCUAAUCAAAACUGAACACUUCUAUAGAUAGUGACCGGAUUUCUUUUUAUCUUAUAUCAAAUUACUAAUUACUAAUUGCAUACAAAGCUUACAAGUUUCAUAGUUGUGAUUGUAGAAGAAGAAAGGUACAUUAUUGCCUUAGGUUAUAGAAUUGUGUUUUAAU